GCCGGAUGAGUCAUCGAAGCACAAACCCUCUUCCCGUAUUUAUACCUCGUCCCGGCCACGCCGAGGUUUGCAUCUUCACCACUCCAUCUCUGCUCGCGCAAGGCAAAAAUGGUGGCCCGGAGGUUCAAGCCGGUCGAGCAGUGCGCCUGCGAGGGCCGGUCGCGCCAGGCCGUCGCCGCCGACCUCGACGGCACGCUCCUCCUGUCCCGCAGCGCGUUCCCGUACUACCUCCUCAUCGCGCUCGAGGCCGGCGGCCCCCUCCGCGCCGUGGCGCUCCUCGUGUCCGUGCCGCUCGUGUACCUCACCUACGUCGCCGUGUCCGAGCCCCUGGCCGUGCGCGCGCUCCUCUACGUCGCCGUGGCGGGGCUCCGGGUGGCGGACAUCGAGGCGGUGGCGCGGUCUGUGCUCCCCAGGUUCUACGCCGGCGACGUCCACCCGGAGGGGUGGCGCGUGUUCCGCUCGUUCGGCCGGAGGUGCGUCGUCACGGCGAGCCCGAGGGUGAUGGUGGAGCCGUUCGCCAAGGCAUUUCUUGAGGUUGACAAGGUAAUCGGGACGGAGCUGGAGGUGAGCGAAGACGGGAGGGCCACGGGAUUCGUCGCCGAGCCCGGGGUGCUCGUCGGCGAGCACAAGAGGCGGGCGGUGGUGAGGGAGUUCGGCGACGCGCUGCCGGACGUCGGUAUGGGGGACCGCGAGAGCGACUUCGACUUCAUGUCCAUCUGCAAGGAAGCGUACAUCGUAACACGACGGAAGUACCGCGCCGUACCCAGGGAGCAGCUGCGGAGCCACGCCAUCCUCCACGACGGCCGCCUCGCCCGCCGCCCGACGGCGACCAACACAUUGCUCACCUUCCUAUGGAUGCCGCUCGGCUUCGCGCUCGCGCUGCUGCGCGUGCGCCUCCACCUGCUCCUCCCGGCGCGCGCCGUCUCCUACGCCUACAAGCUCGUGGGCGUCAAGCUGGUGGUGCGCGGCCACCCGCCGCCGCCUCCCAGGAAGGGACGCCCGGGGGUCCUCUUCGUGUGCAACCACCGCACCGCGCUCGACCCCGUCGCGGUCGCCGUCGCGCUGGGCCGCAAGGUGAGCUGCUUCACGUACAGCAGCUCCAGGUUCUCGCGGCUCGUCUCGCCGAUCACGGCUGCCGUCCCGCUGUCUGGCCGGGUGCGCGAGGCGGACGCCGCUCGUGUCCGGCGGCUGCUCGAGGUCGGGGACGUCGUCAUCUUUCCCGAGGGCACCACCUGCCGGAAGCCGUUCCUGCUGCGGUUCGACGCGCUCUUCGCCCAGCUCACCGACCGCAUCGUGCCCGUGGCCAUCGACGCCAGGGAGACCAUGUUCCACGGGUCCACGGCACGCGGUCACGGGAGCAUGGAUCCCUACUUCUUCUUCAUGAACCCGCGGCCGGCGUACGAGGUCACGUUCCUGAACCAGCUUCCGAGGGAGCUCACCUGCGGCGGCGGGCGGUCGCCGGUCGAGGUGGCAAGCUACGUCCAGAAGGUCCUGGCCGCGCAGCUUGGGUUUGAGUGCACCGGCAUCACGCGCAAGGACAAGUACGGGAUACUCGCCGGCAGCGAGGGCCGCGUUCCGUCAAAGAAAGAGGGCUAAUAAGGAAGACAAAGCAUGCAAACCGACCCGGUCGUCGAGCGUUGCUAUUAAUCAAUGAUUUGACCUUUGCCAUUGACGUUUAUGAUAAGAGCACCCCAACGGUCUCGGAGGUCAUCUCAUGUAGUAUCACGUAAUAUUUUUUAUGAUGUGGAGGAGAGAGAAAUAGAUCGUUAUUUCGCGAAACAAUCGUCUCAUGAGUUAAAUUGUAGGACUACGAGACAACUCAACAACCAGUUAUUAUUGCCACGCAACUCAUAAUAUUUCUUUUCUA